AUGAAUUCACCACCAGAUGUCAAUAGUCCGACGGUGCCUCGCAGGCCAGCUUUGAGAGCAGACACAGAUGACAUUCAUAGCCCCAAGAGUGGACCAACCAAAGUCGUCUCAAUUGCCGAGCCAGAACCAGAAGACAUACAAGAAUUCGAACUUCCUCCUACAGACGAAUCUUCGAGAAUAAAACAUUUCAGUGCUGGUGUUGCAAAAAGAAUGACAGGCCGACCAAACAUGCCUUCUGCCAGUUCCUCCAAACUAUCUCUCCGAAGUCAGAACAGCUUAGAACAACCAAAUCGAGAUGUUCCUUCCCCGGAAGCCUCAAAAGCCAAUGAUGAAUCAAAGCAUCAUCAUCACCGCGAUAAACUUCUUUCUCAAGUUGCCGAAUGGCUGCACUCAGAAAAGGCGAAGAGAACUUCCCGAAAAGCAAACAAAAGGGACGCUAAGGAGAACGAGGCUCAGGCUGAGGAUUUGCCUAAUAGAGAAACAACGUCAAAACCAAGAACAAUGUCUGAUAGUUCUACUUCAAGUGCUCUUUCUUUAGAAAAAUUGCAAAGGAUUUUGGAAGAUAAUAUGUUGGAUUUUGGCCACAAUCAACUCCCACACUUUACUUCACCUAAACGACAAUCGAGAAAACGAUCCCUCGUUCGUCCCUCGCUGAAACCUUCUCCAUCAUCUGAUACCGAAUAUAAUGAAGGAGAUAUUGUGGUUCCAUCUUGUGAUGUUAUUCUUGAUAACUCAAAAACGCUUGCAUAUAGUGGUGGCGCUGGAUCUUCCAUGGAAACAACCACAUUAAGCAAUGCGAAACGUGCGGAAAAGGAAAGAAAAGCAUGGAUCCAGUUCAAGAAUGAAAUUGUGAGAUUGGCGCAUACGCUUAGAUUGAAAGGAUGGAGAAGAGUCCCAUUAGAUCGAGGUCAUGAGAUUGAAGUGGAACGAUUGAGUGGUGCUCUCACAAACGCAGUUUAUGUUGUGACUCCACCUGCAGAUUUACCACCUUCUUCGAGUAGUACAAACAUUUCAACCAAAAGUCAAAAAUCUCCACCAAAGUUAUUGCUUCGAAUUUAUGGUCCUCAAGUUGAGCAUUUGAUUGAUAGAGAAGCAGAAUUGAGCAUUUUGAGAAGAUUGGCUAGAAAGAAGAUUGGACCUAGAAUGUUAGGAACUUUUAGAAAUGGACGAUUUGAAGAAUUCUUCAAUGCUCAGACCCUUACAGCGCAAGAUCUCAGAAUUCCUGAAACUAGCAAGAAAAUCGCGAAACGUAUGAGAGAAUUGCAUGAUGGUGUUGAAUUACUUCAAGAAGAAAGAGAUGAUGGUCCGUUUGUGUUCAAGAAUUGGGAUAAAUGGGUUGAUAGGUGUGAGAAGAUCAUCACAUAUCUUGAUAAACAAAUUCUGGAAGGAGAUUCUAGUAAAAGUAUUAGAGGCGAAAGUUGGAGAGAUAGAGGAUUAGUUUGUGGUGUCGAAUGGCCCAUUUUCAGGGCUGCCGUUGAAAGAUACAGACAAUGGUUAGAGGAGAGCUAUGGGGGAAAAGAAGGGCUAAGUCGUAGAUUGGUAUUUGCUCAUAAUGAUACACAAUAUGGCAAUAUUCUACGACUGGUACCCGAACCACCAGUCAAUGGAUCAGCGCCCUCCCCUCUCCUCCUUCCAGCGAAUCACCACAAACAACUGGUAGUCAUCGAUUUCGAAUACGCAAGUGCAAAUACUCCUGGCUUAGAAUUUGCCAAUCAUUUCACAGAAUGGUGUUACAACUACCACGCACCUGCUCCCAUGACCUGGACUUGUGAUACUAGGAAUUAUCCCACAGUCGAAGAGCAGAAGAGAUUCGUCAGAGCAUAUCUCAACCAUCGUCCUCAUUUCAAUCCUCACGCUAACUUAACCCCCAAAAUGGAAGGCAAAGAUGCACCACCAGGCAGUAUCAAAGAAUUCAUGUUGGAUAGUCGAACGCCAGGUGGCGAGAAGGAUACCCCAACUAUGAGUACAAGUCUAUACGCAGAAGAAGAAUCAAGACGAGAGCAGGAGACAGAUAGGCAAGUGGAAGAGAUGUUGAAAGAAAUUCGGAUUUGGAGAUUGGCCAAUAGUGCUCAAUGGGUUGCAUGGGGAAUUGUACAAGCUAAAGUUCCAGAGUUGGAUGAUGCACCGCCGUUUGUUGUGACGCCGGAUGAAAUUGACGGGCCCCAGGAUGGGAUCCUCGAACAUGCGAAUCCCGAGGAUGCGAAGAUGAAAACGGAAGAUGAGAGGGAAAUUAAGAUAGAAGAACAGGUCGAGGAGGAAGAAGAUGAAUUCGACUAUCUGGGGUAUGCGCAAAGUAGAGCCCUUUUCUUCUGGGGAGAUGUAGUUGGAUUGGGCAUUAUGAAAAAAGAGGAACUGCCUGAGGGGUUGGCAGAGAGGAUUAAGGUUUUGGAAUGUUAG